AUGGAUCGUCUACGUAGGAUAGCUGCCCGGUUCGCAGAUCCGAUAAUUGUUCCUGCCUGUAUCAGGGGUAGAAGUGGUCCAGGUCUCCGUAAUCCAUCAAGACAAGAUGGGGCUGAGCCGGCGGACGGGAGGGGACCAUGCUUAUACGGAUUACAGGGACCCCCUCCUCGUGGCCAUUGUGGAAUCGCAGCGGCCAGUGCCCAGCACACAAUUGAAGCUGCUGCGCUGACUGGUGAUUGUGUCGAACGUGCAGCAGAGCAAAGCCCUAACGUCCUCAAAAACCCACUAUGCAUAAACCUAGAAUCCCGAGUCCACCUGACAGCGAGGGCGUCGAAAUUGGAUCUGCACGACGCACGUACGGUAACCAUAGGCCAGACGACAGCGGAGUGGGUCGGGGUCGAGGAGGGGCAGGUCAUGCUAGAUGCCCGACCCUGGGCCGCUAUUGGAAGCCCAGCACUAACGGAGGAAUGUGACACUGUUCCACUCUCGGCGUCCUCGUCACACUUGCCCCUCUUUUUGAUUUUUGUCUCUCGCUGGAAAGUGGAAGCCGCAGGGGCUCACCACGAGCAAGCUGGGAAGUUUAAAUGA